ACCAUUUGCUUUCCCUAGCAACAACCACUCCAACAACUUCAAUUUGGUUUCAAUAAUAGAUGUUUGAGAUAGAUUCCAUCGUUUUUACAAAAAAUGAGUGGAAAUCACGGUGUUAAAGUAUUUGCCCGUAUCCGGCCUACCGCCAAAUACUCUGCGGAAACGAUCGAACUUCAUUCUGACAACAAAUCACUCACAAUUCAUACGAGAAAAGAUGAACGGCGAGGCCACAUCAACAAUCAGAUAUUAGACUGGAAUUACCAAACAGAUCAUGUGCUACAUAAUGCCAGCCAGCCUGAGGUAUUUAAGCAGUGUGCAGAAGAGCCCAUCAUGAAAUCUCUAGAUGGUUUUAAUUCAACAAUAAUAGCGUACGGCGAGACAGGCGCCGGGAAAAGUUUCACCAUGAGUGGAUCCUGUGAAAAUUUUCAAGAACGAGGGAUCAUUCCCAGGACAGUCUCCAAAAUAUUCUCGGAAAUAUCAAAUCGUAGCGAACAGUCUAUAUGGGUCCGAAUUUCCUAUUUGGAAAUCUAUAAUGAGUCAAUGUAUGAUUUGCUUGCGACAAUACCAGGCACACCAUAUGUUGAUCCCAGUUCAUUUACUGUAACUGAAGAUCAGUCCGCAAGCUGUCGAGUCAAAGGACUAUCAGUUCAUCUAGCAAACACGGAGGAAGAGGCUCUUAACCUAUUUUUUGAGGGUGAAAUGAACCGUGUUGUUGCGAGCCAUUAUCUAAACCGCAACUCCUCACGUUCCCAUUGCAUAUUUACCAUGUAUAUUGAAACAAGAUCCAGAGUUGUUUCAAAUGCAAAAUAUACUAUGUCCAAAAUUAAUCUGGUUGAUCUUGCUGGAUCUGAACGAAUUGGGAAGACUGAACCAGAAGAAACAGGUCAACGAGAAGCGAUGUACAUCAAUAAAUCACUGACCUACUUGGAACAAGUUGUGAUUGCUUUGGGAGACAAAAAACGAAAGCAUGUUCCAUAUCGUCAAAGUAAACUGACACAUGUUCUCAGUGACUCGAUUGGUGGUCGUAAUAACACUGUCCUUAUUGCGAACAUGUGGGGAGAGGAAAGUCGACUUGAGGAGACGCUUUCAACUUUACGGUUCGCAGCAAGAAUGAGAUGUGUUCACUGUGAACCUGCGAUUAACGAAGUUAUUGACCCGGUAAAACAAUGCAAGCAGUAUGAAGACGAAAUACAGUUCUUAAAGAAUGAACUUGCUAUGCACGAUACACUGACCAACAGAGGUCAGGUUGCGUAUGAACCACUGUCAGAGGCUCAACAAAACGAGUUGAAAAGACAAGUUGAAAGAUAUAUUGCAGGAGAGAUUGCUGAAAUGGAAAUCGUAAACGUUCGCCAAAUUAAAGAAAUGUUAGAAAUUUUUCGAAACAUUGUUAACAAUGUUGAGAAAGAGACGGAGACACGGCUAAAAGAGAAGUAUAUUUUUCAAGAGAAAACAUCGGUUGAAAAUCAGGAUACGUGUGAGAGUGGACAAACAGGGCCUGACAAUCAAGACACUAAGUUGCUCGGCGAACCAGAUGGAAAAGGAUUCGGUAUUGGAGUGGCAGCCGCACCAAUCAAAGCUAACACAAUGGUUUUGCUGGCAACACGUGGGAAAAUAAAAAGUCGCAAAGGUAAAGACGUUGUUGAUCCCACCGAACCAAAACGACUCGAAACCCAAGGUCAAGACGAAGGCAAGAGUACUGGAACAACACAGCGACAGGGUAGUCUCAGACCAUCAACACCACCAGCAAAGCCUGAGGCAUUUCUUGAAUUUAAACAAGAACGAGGGAGUGAAAUCAGUAGAAUAUUACACGAGAACAAAGAAAUUUUGCGAAAUAAAAAGAACACGUCCCAUGAGCUGUCCUUGCGUAUUAAUUCAACUAAAGUGGAACUGGACAAAGUCCGCCAACUGCUGGAGGACAAACGCGAGGAACGUAAUAGAUUGGGCGGGUCUGUUCUCCCGGAAACCGAAAAAGAAGUCAUUGACGAAGAAGAGUUCCAACAUUUACAGAAAUUCCAAGAACUAAAGACACAGUAUCGAGCCGAUUUCGAUGAGUUGCGCAGUUUGAAAUCAGAUAUCCAAUGUUGUGAGAAGCUUGUUAGUCAAUGCCGUAAAAAACUUGUGACUGAGUUUGAUAUUUGGUACGCAGAGAGUUAUCUCGGCGAAGAGAGCGGGAAUAGUGUUGAGAUAGAGAGUGUUGAAAGAAAAUCAAGAAAGAGCAUCGCCGUUGAAGAUGAGCAGGAGAAAUUUGAUCGCUUACAACUAGAAUACUUGAUGGAUGAACCAGAAUCUGUUGCGUACUACCAUGCUCAAAUGCAAACACAACGACGAGCGUACUAUACAGAUGUUGGUAGACAACGCCAAAAACCCGUUUUGACUAAGAGACGUACAAAUGAACCACCUGGUAUGCUCACUACGUACUAGAUUUAGAAGAAAUGAGCGACUGUGUUAAGGUUUUUCUAUCAUAUAAAAAAUUCCUAUACAUAUCUGUAUAUCAUCCUGUACUACCAUACAAUAUUUUUGGUUUGCAAAUAUGACAAUUGUUGUGAUUGUUAGAAGUUGAAAAACAUCUUUAUUAUGUGUAGAUUGAUUUUUGGGGAAUGUACGAAAAUUAAAGUAUACGAAAA